GUAAACGCACACGCGAGCUACGUUUCACACGUGCGCACACUCAAAUCUACAAUUUACUGUGAAAUGGAAUGAAUAUUACAUUGAGUGAAUGAACCGAUAUAAAACAGAACACGCUCUUUAGAGUCGAGGACUCUCCAUCUAUAAUCUGGAGAAGAAAAAGACAGAAAAAAUGGAUUUAUGCGUGCGACGAAAAUCCUCAUAUGACAUUGACAGUUUGAUAGGGAAGAACAAAAAGGAGAAACAAGUAUCAAAAAGUGAUAUAUCUCCGGGGGGAAAUGAGCGUCAUUUGACAGCCAGUAUGACGUCAUAUGAUACAGAUGCGUGCUCUGGUGACGAUAAGGGAUUGCCACGUGCUGUUAUUUCACCCUUAAAGAUACCGUGUCCCUCUACAGCUAAAUGUAUGGUUGAAUUAACAGACCAGGAAAGGAACGACUUCAGCCCCGACAACAAUGACUCAAAAAGCAUCACUUCGGCUUCCGAUGACGUCACAAGCGCGGACUGCGUAGAACCUGAACCCAUGAUGCAUGCCUAUGGUAUGCUAGGGGAUCUCAGCAAUCGUAACAACUAUCAUGGCGGACGCGUGCCUUCCGGUAUGGACGAUCGCGACAUAGAGGAUUAUGGGAAAAGAAAGCAAAGACGAUACAGAACAACCUUCACAAGUUUCCAGUUGGAGGAGCUGGAGAGAGCCUUCCAGAAGACUCACUACCCGGACGUGUUUAUGAGAGAGGAGCUUGCGAUGAGGAUAGACCUAACGGAGGCUAGAGUACAGGUUUGGUUUCAAAACAGACGAGCAAAAUGGCGAAAGAAGGAGAAAGUCGGCCCUCAAGGUCAUCCGUUUAGUCCAUACGGGGGCUAUACCAAUCCCCCGACAUUGUCGCCCCGAACUCUUAUCUCACCACAACAGAGCUACACCGAGUUACUUAUGAGGGCGUAUGAAUCCCAACUCUACCAUAGAAACGACAGCCAAUUCUCAUACCCAGCCAGUGCGCGUAACAUCUGCGCUGGGCCGACUUUGUCACCUCCCGGACUAUAUAAUGUAGCCUUCCGCGGUGUAAUGUAUCCCAACAUAAAAACUACUCCAAUUCAUCCGCCCGCCAUUUCAUUCCAACAGAUGUUCGCUCAAAUGAACUCCCAGAAUUCCAAAGCUCGUGACACUAUUACACUUCCGGUAGAACACAAUAUCAUGGAUGGUGAUCAGAGAACAUCGAGUAUUGUGGCAUUACGGAAGAAAGCACGUGAGCACGAGGUCAGAAUUGGUGUAGAAGGCCAAGGUAGUGCAUCAUAGAAACAAAUUUUGAUACAUUGUUUACUGGACUAAAUUGAUUCCGGACUUAAUAUUUACCGGUCCUUGGUUUUUUCUUCUUAUUUACAUUUUUAUGGAGUGGCUGUGAUUUGGACAAUCGGUAUCGGAAUACAUCUACUUUUUCUAUUGGGUGUGUACAUCAAUACGCAGCAACAUGUUUUCUGUUUUUUUUACAAACGAGAUGUAUACAUCAAAGUCUUACGAAGACGAAAGAGUAAAUGGAUGUGAACGAAUGAGAAAAUCUUUGUUCAGGAUAUCAGAAAGCUCAUAUCGAUAGUAAUCGUUUGACUAGUUUGACGACGUCGCUACCAAACAUAUUCUCGUUUUAGCCAUUUUAAUCAAUUAUUGUGCCAUUUUGUUAUUUAUUUACAUAUUGUAAUUUAUAGAAACUUGUUGAGAACAUUUUCAUUUAUUAACACUUGUUUACAAAACAGAGCGUCACUUUGACACGGUGUUAAGGGUAUUUCAUAUACCAGAACUCUAAGUACCGGUGUAAAGUCAGAAACCACACCUCGAUAUGUUAUCUCUUUUUGUGAUAUUUAAUUACAAAAUCAUUCUGAAAUCAGUGCAAUAAAUCAAAACUUUUAACGAGAUUACAUGAUAAAAUAAGUUUUAAUUAAACUAUUAAUUUUGAGGAGUGU